AUGAGAGCAGUAUUUUCUAUCCUGGCCCUAGCGGCUACGGCCCUCACGGCCAACAUCCCCCACAGGGGAGACCGGGGACUGGUCGGUAGGACAUACGGACAUGGCAGUGGUGGUGGUGGCGGCGGCGGCGGCUAUAGCGGUGGUGGUGGUGGUGGCCAUGGCGGUGGUGGUGGAGGCGGCGGCUACAAUGGCGGCGGUGGUAAAGGUGGCGGUGGUAAAGGCGGUAAGGAUGAUGACUGCGAAACCAUCACCACCAAGGUGAUUGUGACUUACACCACCGUCUGCCCCGUCACCGAGACCCACACCAAGCCCGGCCACACCUACACAACCACCUACACCACGACCAGCACGGUCAAGACAACUGUCCCCACCACCAUCGUCAUCACCAAGACGGCACCCCCGGUAACCAAGUCGACAGACCAGGUCGUCUACACCACCCUCACCGAGCUGUGCCCUGUGACUGAGACCAAGGUUGUUGACGGCUCGACGGUGGAGAUCACCUGGACCUCGACCUCGACUGUUGUCACCAAGGUCCAGCAGACCGAGACCAUCUACACAACAUCCGUCGCGACGGAGUACGAGACCACUGAUGUCUACACGACGGUUACCUGCCCCGUCACCACCUACACCACCGUGAUCGAGGGCUCCACCGUCAAGGUCACCCAAACCGACACAAUCACACUCACCAACACGGACGUGCACACGGUAACGGAUAUCGUGCCCGUGACCAUCACAGAACACGUCCCCGUGACGGUCAACGUCCCCGUCACAGAGCAAGAAACCGUCACGGGCUACUCGACCGUCAUCGUCGAAGCCACCGAGACGGUCUGGACCUCGACCCCGCUGCCCCCGACCACCAUCAUCAUCCCCACCAUGGUCACCGUCCCGGGCAGCGGCGGCCCUGGCCCCUCCUCCCCCGGCACCGUCCCCGGCGGUCCCGGCCCUUCCUCCCCUGGCGGCCCCGGCCCUUCAUCCCCCGGCACUUCCCCAGGCAGCCCGGGCCCCAGCCCCAGCCCCAGCCCCUCGUCCCCGGGCACCGCCCCCAGCAGCCCCAGCACCCUACCCGGCGGACCCGGCACGCUCCCCGGCGGCCCGCGGCCCUCCUCCUACGGCGGCACGCCCGAGCCCACGCCGGAACCCACGCCGGAACCGACCCCGACGCCCACGCCCACACCCACAAACGGCAGCGGCACGCCCAUCCCGACGGCCGGCGCCGACAGCCUCCUCGUGGCGCGCGGCGGCAAGGGCGUCGCGCUGCUGGCGGGCCUGGUCGCUGCUGUGGUGCUGGUUUGA